UACCCUUAACCGGAAAACACGUCACAAGCUACCGUGCAUAGAGCAAGACACCGUAGAAGAAGAGCUAGCAUUGUAAACACAAGGAUAUGGCUGACGAGAGGGGCGGUGGCGAAGACGAUAUAAACGGCAACAUGGGGAACCAACUACAGCUUUUACCAGACAAUGAGGAGGAGGAGGAGGAAGGUGACAUGGAGACUGAAGAUCGAGACAGUGAUGAAGCAGAGAAGCCCAACACCAUUACCUUUGACCCCAGUUUACCCACAUCUCAUGCUUACCUGGGUUCAGACAUGGAAGAGUUUCACGGCAGAACAGUUCAUGAUGAUGACAGCUGCCAGACCAUUCCUGUGCUGCCUCACACAUCUGUGAUGCUGGUGCCGGGCCAGACACUGCCCUUGCAGCUUUUUGGGCCUCAGGAGGUCAGCAUGAUGAGGAGUGUCAUACAGAAAGACCGCACUUUCGCUGUGCUUGCACACAGUGAUGCAGGUGACCCAGAGGCAAGGUUUGGAACAACAGCUGAAAUCUAUGCAUAUCGAGAGGAUCAAGAAUAUGGCAUUGAAACAGUCAAAGUGAAGGCUGUGGGGAGGCAGAGAUUUAAGGUUCACGAGAUAAGAACUCAAGCAGACGGCAUUAGACAAGCCAAAGUGCAGAUCCUUCCAGAACAAAUUCUUCCAGAUCCCCUCUCUGCCGUGCAGCUGACGCCGCUGUCCAGGCUCCACAUGCAUCCUUCCUCCAAACCACCCACUCAGAACUGCAAACAAGCACAGUGCUGGUGGAACACAUACCAACAGAGGAAGUUUCAUUGUGCCAGUCUGACACCAUGGCCACCAUGGGUGUAUGCACUGUAUGACUCUGAGUCGCUAAUGAACAGAGUGAAGAAACAGCUCCACGAAUGGGAUGAGAAUCUGAAAGAUGACUCCCUACCAACGAAUGCCGUAGACUUCUCCUACAGGGUGGCAGCCUGUCUGCCCAUAGAUGAUGCUCUGCGGCUCCAGCUGCUGAAGAUUGGCAGUGCCAUUCAGAGACUUCGCUGUGAACUGGACAUCAUGGACCGGUGCACAUCACUGUGCUGUAAACAGUGUCAGGACACGGAAAUCACCACAAAAAAGGAGAUCUUCAGCUUGUCUCUGUACGGCCCCAUGGCAGCAUAUGUCAACCCUCAUGGUUAUGUCCAUGAAACGCUGACUGUCUACAAAGCCAACAAUCUCAACUUGGUCGGCAGGCCUUCCACACUGCACAGCUGGUUUCCAGGGUAUGCCUGGACAAUUGCUCAGUGCCGAACCUGUGGCUCUCACAUGGGUUGGAAAUUCACAGCCACCAAGAAGGACUUGUCUCCACCUCGUUUUUGGGGUCUGACCCGUUCAGCCAUGCUUCCUCGUAUCCCACAGGGGGACGCAGAAGAGGGCAGAGAAGGCUCUCAUCUCUUCUGCCUGUGACCAUCCAUUUGCCUCGUUUAACAACAAAAAAAAAAAAAGAAGCCCUGCAAACACCCCCUAAACUGGAUCUCCAGUCAGUGUCUGGCUGUUACUUACUAAUAAUCAAUGCAUCACCCUGCCUGCCACCUCUGGCGGCAGAUCCAUCACAUCAUGGAAAGGUCAUUGAGCCUUUAAAUGGCACUCCUGUGAGCAGAUAUGAGGAGGAUAUGGAUGCAGUGAUUGCUCUGGAAGGGGUCUUAAAAUGUGGAGGCAAGAGAGCAAAUGAGAAAGAGGAGCGACAGACUGUGAAUGUGUUUAUUAUCCCAGCAUGCAGCUCCCUGUCCAACAGUUUUCUUGGUAUACCAAGCUAUAGCUGCAGGUUCACACAAAUGAUGCUGAACUCAUACUGCUUUAUACCCUCGGCGCCUGUCCUCCAAUGCAGAGUCUGACAGCAUGCAGCUUUUACAGCGCUAUCUGUGUCAGCCACUUUAUUUAGUAAACUUGUUGUAAAUUCAGCUGGCAUUUCAGAUACUUUGUGAGUGUGUUUUAGAUUAUAUUUUAGCUGCCAUAGACCAGUGGAGGAAGCUGUCUGGGUGAAAGUGCACUAAUGUUUAUGUUCAGCUGUGACAAUAAGGGGGAUAUUUUGAAUAGUGGAGUUAAAUUUGAUGUAUUUUUGUAUGCAAGAAAAUUGGGAUUAAAAUGAGCAAAUGUAGUGAUGUGUGGAGGAACCAUGCAGCUUAUCACAGCAAUUUCUUUUCUUAUAAAUAAAAAAAACUGAGGUGAUAAUGAAAAUAAUGUGUUAUAUAACUGAUAUAAUCUGUCUGUUUUGUAUUCACUGGAGGCUCAGUGUCCCAUCUGAUGAUGUGCUUCAGGAAACAAGGAUAAUCUCUGGUUGCACAAGUGAGAAUUAGGUAUGUAUCAGCGCUUCAGGGCAGACUGUUUUGAUAAAGGUCAGUGAUAAGACAGAGAGCAAGAAGAUAAUUUUCUCCCCUCCAUUCAGUUUAUUCAUUACCUGCGACAUGUUACAUGCCUCUGAUCCAGCUCAGUGUCUUUUCAUGAGUCUGGAAAGUUUGUGAAACACAAAUGUGAGUGAAAAGUUAAAAACAGCAAGUUCAGAGUUUAUAGUUUCAGUUUUCAGGGUUUUCUUGUCAUUUUUCUGCAAAGUGCUGGUUCAUUGUAUCAGAACCGAAAACAAGGUAGUCAUAACAUUCAUCCGGUUUUAUAACUCUUGUUCUACAAUUUGUGAAAUCUACCUUAUUUUUGGCAGAACUCCAAUUACACUUUUAUUAGAGAAGAGUAAUUGAACACCGUAAGAGAUUGUAGAGAGUGAGGAUGUGCCUAAUGCCAUGGUUUUGGUUAUGGUAGACUUCCACUCAGCUACAGCUAACAACUGGUUAGUAAAGCUUCACUCACAGGUUCAAAAUGGGGGAACAAGUUUUUGUUUUGUUUGUCUAAUUUUAAACAAAAAUCAGAAGUUCAAUACAACAAUUCAUUGUAUUACUAUAUGAGCGAUGUGUCAAGCUAUUUGCUGGAUGCAACAGCUCACCAGUUACUAUUACCAGUCCCAACUUGCAUGUUUUUUUUCUGCAGAUCAGACAAGAUAAUGUGCUGCCAGAUGCCCCAUAUUAUAAUUUUUUUCUGUUCAGCUUCAUUUUCAUGUAUCGAGUCUUCAUAUUUGGCUAGUAGUUAAGAUAGCAAGUAUGUUUACACUUUAAAAUUGUGCUGUGAUACAGUUAAUCCCUCAAAAAUCUGAACGUGUUAGCCUUCACACUUAAGGGUUGAUUCUUUUUCUUUUUUAAAAAACAUAUUUUAAGCCUCAAGUUUCAAGUCAUAUCAUUUGUUUUAUUGAAGUUUUCACCAUGGCAUUGUUUUUCUUGUUAUAUUCUCUGUUGUAUCACCACCUGUUUGCCAGGCUGUCAGACUUUCAUUCACCUAUAAAAGAAUAAAAUGGACGCGUCACUGAGGAAAUCAGUUGCCUGGUUCCACAGAAGGCCUUUGCUUGUCUUUCCAUGUCAUUUAUUGUACCACUGAGUAAAAUAAACAUGCAGGUUACAAACAUA